AUGCCGGCCACCCCAACACCUACCCCACGUAUCCUGAUAUACCUCCUCCGGCACGACCUUCGACUGGCCGAUAACCCAAUAUUCCACGACCUCUCCCGAAUCUCAAGAUCAUCAGCAUACAAGACUACCGCCUCAUUAGACCCACCAUCACCGCCCAUUUGCCACUCACCCUCGCCGCCAAAGCCGCCCACUAGUGCGCGACAUCAAAAAGCAUAUGAGGCAUCCGGGCCUGCGCUUGCGGAAAAGCUGGGCGUGACGCAUUUGCUGCCGUUGUAUGUCUUUCCAGCCAACCAGAUUGAAGUCUCUGGCUUCAUUUCCGAAGAUGACUCCGGAACUUCAAAGGCGAAAAGUCCGUAUCCGGAAGCGAGGAGCGAAGUGGGUGGAUUCUGGCGCACGGGGCCUCAUCGAGCGAAGUUCAUUGCGGAAUCCGUGUGGGACUUGAAAGGGAAGCUUGAGAGGCUGGGCUGUGAGUCUAGUGUUGUGACGAGAGUCGGCCUAAUGGGAGAUAUUGUUGACAACAUUGUCUCGUGGUACUCCCAACAACGUCAAGGGGAGGUUAAUGGGAAGGUAGUGGGAAUUUGGAUGACGGGAGAAGAAGGGACUGAAGAGGCGAGAGAAGAGAGAGAUGUCAGGCGUGUUGCUGAAGACGAGGGGAUCGACUUUCGGAUCUGGAAAGAUGAGAAGUACUAUGUGGACGACGCGCACCCCUUCCUCGGCGGCGAGCGCGCCGCGCACCAACGCCUCACGCACCUCGCCUCCAGCGGCGCCAUGACGGCCUACAAGAGCACGCGCAACGGGAUGCUCGGGCUAGACUUCAGCACCAAGCUGUCGGCAUACCUGGCCUACGGCUGCCUGACGGCGCGCCAGGUGCACUGGGCCAUGGUCGACUUCGAGGCGGGGACGGGCGCCGACGGCUUCGGCGUCGCGGGCUACGGGCGCGGCGAGAACGAGGGCACCGCCGCCAUCCGCUUCGAGCUGCUCUGGCGCGACUACAUGCGGCUGUGCGCGCGCAAGUUCAAGAGGAGCUUGUUCGACAUCGAUGGGUUUCGCGGCGCUGAGGGUGCGGAGAGCAGCAACGCCGCCGACGACAACAACUCGCCGCAGCCGCCGAAGCGGUGGAAGUACGUCGACCGCAGCAGCGGGCUGGGGGACGACCCGGCGAAGACGCGCGAGGCGCUGCUGCGGUUUCUGAGCGGGACGACGGGCAUCGGGCUGAUUGAUGCGUCGCAGCGCGAGCUGUUUUUGACCGGGUAUACGUCGAAUCGCGCGCGGCAGAAUGUGGCGAGCUUUCUGGCGAGCCAUUUGGGGAUCGAUUGGAGGUUGGGGGCCGAGUGGUAUGAGAGUAUGCUGAUUGACUAUGACAUGGCGAAUAACUGGGGGAAUUGGCAGUAUGUUGCGGGCGUGGGGAAUGAUCCGAGGCAAGGGAGGGUGUUUAAUCCCGUGAAGCAGGCGCUGGAUUAUGACGCGCAGGGAGAAUAUGUCAAAGCGUGGGUGAGAGAGCUGAGGGACGUUGACUUGGGGGAAGAGGAGAAGGGGCAUGUGGAGGUUGAGAAGUUGAUGGGUCUAUUCCAAGCAUGGAGGCUAGAUUCAGUGGAAAAGGAGAGGUUGGGGUUGACCGGGGUCGAGAGCGUCGAGCACCCUCUGAUUCGGAUACCCUUCUCCGUUACCAAGUCAAGAGGCUCGGAUGGUGGAAGCUCACGAAGUCGGGGACGAGGCGGUAGCUAUCGAGGACGCAGUAAGGGUCAAGGGGCAAGACGACUCGGUGAUAUGGACAGGGCGGCGCGGGUCGGAGGAACGUACUAA